CCGGUAUUCACUUACUUUCGCAACUACGACACAGUAGCGAUUUUGCCUUCGCUGCACAUUCAAUUGACACCUCCACAAAAUUGCGUUAACGCACAAUGGCGUCACAGCUAGGCGUACAGCCGCCUCUUGACACCAUUCGUGAGGUGUUGGCGACUGCCAUCAAGGCCCCAAACCCCCCGAACCUCGUUCCCAUCUUCUCCUCGAUAUCCGCCGAGUUCUUGACACCGUCGAGUAUAUACUUGAAGGUUUCGGCAAGGUCGAAGUCGAAGUUGAGCUUUUUGUUUGAGAGUGCAGCGACAACAGAGACGAUUGGAAGAUAUAGCUUUGUCGGUGUCGAUCCCAGGCAAGUCAUUAAAACAGGUCUUGGCCAUGGUGAAGAGAAGGAUCCGUUGCCUAUCCUCGAGAAGGAGCUUGCAAAGAGCAGAGUCGCCACAAUCCCGUCGAUUAAGCUGCCAUCGCUCACUGGAGGUGCUGUGGGAUACGUCGGCUAUGACUGUGUCAAAUAUUUCGAGCCGAAGACGAAGAGGGAUGACAUGAAGGACGUUCUUGGAGUACCGGAGAGCUUCUUCAUGCUAUUUGACACAGUUGUGGCGUUCGACCAUUUCUUCCAAGUAGUGAAGGUUAUAACGUAUGUAAAGGUGCCCGACAAUCUGGAUAGUUUGGAGAAGGCAUACGAAGGGGCGAAGGUCACACUCAAGAAAUACAUAUCAAUCCUAAAGGAUAAGGAGAUACCUAUGCCGGAGCAAGGACCGAUCAAGAUGGGCCAGGAAUACAAGUCUAACAUUGGCAAGGAUGGAUACGAAAAUCACGUCAAGAACCUGAAAGAGCAUAUUGUGGUAGGAGAUAUCAUUCAGGCAGUACCGUCGCAAAGAUUUGCAAGGCCAACCUCGUUACAUCCCUUCAACAUCUACCGACAUCUGCGAAACGUCAACCCAUCGCCAUAUCUCUUCUUCCUCGAUUGCGACGACUUCCAAAUCGUGGGCGCAAGUCCCGAACUUCUGGUCAAGGAGGAACUUGGGCGAAUCAUCACACACCCCAUCGCUGGGACUGUAACGAGGGGUAAGACCCUGCAGGAAGACGAGGCGUUGGCGAAUGAACUUCUCAACUCGAUCAAGGACCGGGCCGAACAUGUCAUGCUGGUGGACCUGGCACGAAAUGACGUAAACCGAGUCUGCGAUCCACUCACGACACGUGUCGACCGGUUGAUGGUUGUGCAAAAGUUUUCACACGUGCAACACCUAGUCUCAGAAGUUUCGGGCGUCCUGCGACCGGGCAAAACGCGCUUCGACGCCUUCAGAUCGAUUUUCCCCGCCGGGACGGUCAGCGGUGCCCCUAAAGUGCGUGCAAUGGAGCUGAUCGCCGAAUUGGAGCGUGAAAAACGAGGCGUGUAUGCAGGUGCCGUGGGAUAUUUCGGAUACGGCUCCGUGGACGGAGAUAUAGAGGUCGAGGGCGCAAUGGAUACGUGCAUCGCCUUACGCACUAUGGUUGUCAAGGAUGGCGUCGCGUAUCUUCAGGCUGGUGGCGGAAUAGUGUUCGACUCAGAUCCACACGAUGAGUGGGUCGAGACGAUAAACAAAUUGGGCGCGAACAUGCAAUGCAUCACGUCCGCUGAGGAGAAGCACCUCGCAGAACAGACAGACGUGGAGAAUGUCGCUAGUGAUGGGGACAAUGGCGAAGGGAACACAGCGGGAGAGUCACCGGUGGCAACAGCAAAACAGGAAUUUGAACGCGAUGCGGCAUCGCCGAACAGGACGCGCAUUCCUCUCGCGGCCGGAGAGCUUGCGCCACAGAGGCUGGGAGAGUGAUUGGCUGACAUGAUCCGAUCUGGGGCGUUCUC